AUGGUGCUGAAAAACUGUCUUGAUCAUCUUCUUCGUCCCCUUGUCAUCUUCUUCUUUUUCUUCUUUAUAUUCUUUCAUCACCUUUCGUUUACUGCUAAUGCUGAAAAGAUAAUCAACAUUGAGUCUUUGGGUGCUAAAGGUGAUGGGACAACAGAUUCGAGUCCGGCAAUGUUACAAGCAUGGGAGGGUGCUUGCAAGAACUCCACGGAGCCAACUACGAUAAUAGUACCGAGCAAGAAGUAUUUCCUAAGCUCAGCUAAGUUAGAUGGACCAUGUACCAACAAGUUUACAAUUACCUUCCAAAUGGAAGGCAGUACCCUUAUUGCUCCCGACUACACAAAGAUGAGUGACUCGAAGGGUCUUCCAUUAGACUACUGGGUAAUAUUUCAGACUGUUCAAGGGGUGUCUCUUAUUGGAGGAGCUCUUGAAGCUCAAGGCAAAACCUUGUGGGAUUGCAAAGGAGGAGCUGCUUCUGCCCAAUGUCCUCCCGGUGCAACAUCACUUGCCUUUUUCGGUUCAAAAGAUGUAAAAAUCCAGAAUUUGACAUCUAAUGAUGCGAAGCUGUACCAUAUUGUGAUCCACUCAAGCUUGAAUGUAACAGUGGAAGGAGGAAGGAUUGAAGCCCCUGGAGACAGUCCAAAUACAGAUGGGAUACAUGUCCAGAAUUCAACUCAAGUACGUGUAGAUGGCACCACUAUCAUGACUGGUGAUGAUUGCAUCUCCAUCGGACCAGCCACUCGUGACUUGCAUAUUGAGGGAGUCAAUUGUGGACCUGGACAUGGUAUAAGCAUUGGGAGUUUAGGGAAAGACGCAAUAGAAGAAGGAGUGGAAGGAGUGGUGGUGAUGAACUCGACAUUCACUGGGAGUACAAACGGAGUUAGGAUAAAGUCAUGGGCAAGGCCAAGCACUGCGUUCGUGAGAGGAGUGAUUUUUCAGAAGAUUAUAAUGAAUAACGUCAUAAACCCCAUCAUCAUCGAUCAAAAUUACUGCCCACACAAUAUAGGCUGCCCUCCACAGACCCUUGGGAAUCGUACAGAGAUAAGUAACGUUACCUACACGGACAUCACGGGAACAUCGGCCAGUGAAGUGGCUGUGAAUUUCAAUUGCAGUGUUACCCCUCCAUGUAAAGAUAUCAAAUUGCAAGACAUAAAUCUCAAUUACAUAGGCGGGAACAUCACAGAACGCUUCUGCCUCAAUGCAUAUGGAAGCGUUCUUGGUGGUGGGAUCAUCAAGCCACCUAGCUGCCUUAAAACUCUCCCACCUAGCAUUCUUCGGGGUGGGAUCAUCAAGCCACCUACCUUCCUUAUGGAUCUCCCAUUAUUAUUUGGUGAUUUGUAA